AUGAGUACAAAGAGAAAAGAUGUCAUGAACCUUAUGAAAUCAAUGAAUAUUGACCCAUCUACAUUUUCUGAAGAAGAUAUAAAGCAAUUCGAAUAAGACUAAGUGAUGAUGAAUGAUAGUGAAUCAGAUAGCAUGAGGGAUUCUGUAUCAAUAUUGAGAAUUAUUAUUAGAAUAGACACAAUAAAGGUGGGAACAUUCAUGACACAGUCAAUAUGAAACAUUUAUUUUAAUUAAUUCUAUUUUAGAAUUAUUCAUCUGUUGUAAGUUUGCAAGAGAAAUAAAUAUCAUUUCUAAAUGCAGAAAUAAAACGGGUUUAAGCAGCUAAUGAAUCUGAUAGACAAAGAAUAUUUGCCAAUCAUAGAAUUGAAACUGAUACACUUUUAAGUGAAAUCAAAUAACUUAAGUCUAAGAUGAUUAAUUAAGAGUCUUAAUAACCAGGAAUAAGGGAAGCUUUGGCAUAAGUCAGAGAUAUCUUAACUGGAUUAGUUCCAAAAGCUGUUUAUUUAAGAUUAAGGAAUAUGAAUGAGAAGAAGAUGCCUAUUUAAGAUUGGGUAUUGGUUUAGGUUUAGGAGAUUGUAUAUCCAUUUAAAAAGGAGGGGGAAUUUUAGAAGAAGGAAAUAAUGGCUUUAAGAGAAGAACUCAGAUAAAUAACAGAAAAACAUUAAUUCUUAUUAAAAGAUUUAGAACAUGGAUAAAAGAUGAUGGUAGAUAGAGAAGAAGAUAUUAGAAGACAUAAAUUAAAUUAUGAUAAUACUAGGAAGGCUUUAGAAUUAGAACUAAUUAAGUCUUAAGAAGAUAUUGAUCCAUAAAGUGCCAUAUUAAAAAAAAAGUAUGAAUUAAAUUUUAUUUUAAGGUAUUUAUCAAAAUAGUCAAUAAAAAGAUUAAGAAGGACCUUCUUGGUAUUCAAAUUUAAUGCAAAAACAGAAUAAAUGACAUCAUAUUUAGUAUUUACUAAUUAAGAAGAUAAUCAUUAUUAAAAUUAAAUAUUAAUAUUAACUUUUUGUAAUUAUUUGUGA